GUCGACCCACUCGUCGGUGAAAAUCCUCCCCACAGGAAUUCCCCCUCAUGUUAUAAAAAACGAAUAUAAAAAAAAACAAAAAAAAAAAAAAAAAACUCCACAAUUGUUAAAUAUUCCAUUUAGCGAAAAAAAAAGAAGCUACUUUUCACAUCAGCGUCAUCACGCAUGGAGAGUUAUCCAACCCGAGGCAGCAGAGAGAAAAGCAAACGUUUGUAACGGCGAGCUCAAAAAAGAGAAAAAUAACUUCCCCAUCUACCACCACCACCCCCGCUUCUCCAACAAAAAUGACGGGCACGUGCGACAUAGGGCUAAUCGGGCUGGCGGUGAUGGGGCAGAACCUGAGCCUGAACAUAGCGAGCAACGGAUUUACCAUAGGAGUGUACAACCGGACGUACGAGAGGACGGAGGACACGUUGAAGAAGGCAAAGGAAGGCAACCUACCGAUACAGGGAUAUGAAACGUUGGAGCAGUUAAUAAACAAUUUAAAGAAGCCCAGGAAAAUUAUCCUACUGAUAAAAGCAGGACCCGCCGUAGACGAAACGAUCAAAAAUAUUUUAAAACAUUUUGAAGAAGGAGAUAUCAUUAUUGACGGAGGAAAUGAAUGGUAUUUGAACACAGAAAGGAGGAUCACACUUUGCGAGGAACACAAAGUAGAGUAUCUAGCCAUGGGAGUCAGUGGAGGAGAAGCAGGUGCACGAUACGGUUGCUCCUUCAUGCCAGGAGGAUCUAAAUAUGCCUAUGACACCAUUAAGGACAUUUUAGAAAAAUGCUCAGCGAAGGUGGGUACAUCUCCCUGUGUUACCUACAUAGGACCCAGGUCAUCAGGCAACUAUGUGAAGAUGGUACAUAACGGGAUAGAAUACGGAGACAUGCAAUUAAUAUCAGAGAGCUACCUACUGAUGAAAAAUAUUCUCAAUUAUAACAAUGAGAAGCUAUCGGAGGUUUUUAAAAAAUGGAAUGAAGGCAUUUUAAAUUCCUACCUAAUUGAAAUAACGUAUAAAAUAUUGGGCAAGAAAGACGAGUUAACGGAUAACCACCUGGUAGAUAUGAUACUAGACAUUGCUGGGGCGAAAGGAACUGGCAAGUGGACCAUGUUGGAAGCUAUCGAGAGGGGAAUUCCCUGCCCUACCAUGUGUGCAGCUUUGGAUGCUAGAAAUAUAAGUGCAUACAAACAGUUGAGAGUUAAAGCUGAUAGCCAUUUCAGUAACGAUAUGAAAGUGAACAAAGUAGAGGGAGAAAAUUUGAUCAAUUUUGAAGACGAUCUGUUAAAUGCUCUCUACUGUUGUAAAAUUAUAUCCUACACACAAGGGUUAUUUUUACUAAAGCAAGUAUCUGAAGAAAUGAAGUGGAAUUUAAACCUUGGGGAAAUCUCAAGAAUUUGGAGAGGAGGUUGUAUCAUUAGAGCUGUUUUCCUAGAUCGAAUUACCAAUGCGUAUAAGAAGAAUGAGAAGUUGGACCUCUUAUUUCUGGAUGAAGAUUUUGCCCAAGAAAUGAAAAAUAAACUUCCUUCCUUGAGGAAAGUUGUUCAGGUAGCUACCAAGUCGUCCAUUCCCAUUCCCGCCUUUUCCGCUAGCUUGGCUUACUUCCAAAUGGUGACCUCCCAAAAUUUGCCACUCAAUUUGGUGCAGGCCCAGAGGGACUACUUCGGUUCACACACCUACAAGAGGGUAGACCGCGAUGGCGACUUCCACACCAUAUGGGAGUGACUCUCUUCCCCGCAAAAGCGUUUCAGCGCUAUGGGUGUAGCGGUUUGAACUGCUUUUUCCAAGCAGUCACACAUUGUUAACCAUCCGCG